AGUGAUCCCCGGAGCUGACUUUUCCCCGGCGGAUGUUCAAAUGUGACGGAGAAACAUGGCGGGGGAUCCCUCAAUGGAGCUUCUGUUUUUAGACACGUUUAAACACCAGAGCGCCGAGCUUACAAACGUGGAUGUGGUGAGGUUUCCAUAUGGUGUGUUGAUCACAGAAGUCCGAGUUAUCCCCCCUGGAAUUAAAGCCCACAGCAACCUCCCAGACAGCAGAGCUUUUGGGGAAACUGCCCCUCAUGCGUUCCAGUUGGACCUGUUCUUCAACAACGUCUCCAAACCCAGCGCCCCGGUGUUUGACCGGCUGGGCAGCCUGGAGUACGAUGAAAACAAAUCAAUUGUCUUCAGGCCCAAUGGCAAGAUAAAUACAGAUGGUCUGGUGCUGCGUGGGUGGUACACUUGUCUAACGUUGGCGGUGUACGGUACAGCUGAACGCCCCCACAGCCAUGAGCGUGAUUCUCCACCCCCACCUCCACCUCCUCCGCCACAACAACAGCCACCUGCCUCCAAAAGGAACAUCAAGCAUGAAUGGGAAAAUGAGGAGCAGUUUAAUGGGAGUCCACCCAGACCACAACCCAGAGGUCCUCGUACUCCGCCAGGGCCUCCACCUCCGGACGACGAUGAGGAAGAAACGCUGCCUGUGCCAGCUCCAGUAAAGGAAGAGCGUGUGGAGCAAGGAGACGACUACCUAGAGCCCGUCUCGCCAGAGCGUAGCUCCCUGCCUCCUGAUGAUACCUACUCAGACCCAGAACAGGAGGAAGAUGAGGUGCCAGUGGAGGAAGAUGAAGAUGAAGCCCGCUCUGAGGGAAGUUUGCCUGAAGAGGAAGAAGAGGAGGAAGACGAAGUGGGUGAGGAGGAGAUGGAGGAUGAUGGCGAAGGUGACGACGGCUAUGAGCAAAUCUCCAGUGACGAGGAGGAUCUUGAGAGCGGGGCCUUCAAGCUGCCAGCCUUCGACCUGGUCUACACGCCCGAGGACCUUGCCUCGCUGCCAACUGUCCAGUAUGAUCCCUUUGAACGGGAGCUUCGUCCCCUUCAGCACUUCACCCCGCCCCACGUCACACGUUACGAGGCAGAAGUGAAGCGCCUGAAGAGAAUGGACCUCCAGGACCAGACCUCGCUGGGGGCGGAGUCUGCAGCUAAGUUGUCGGAACUUUUGGAAGCCUGGGGUGAGGGGUCUGAAGCAGAUCGUGGAGCUGGAUGGGUAACGGCACUAGAGGAAAUUCCAUCUUUGCUGGUGAAAGGCUUGAGCUUGUUAGCAGUUAAGGACAGGGAGGGCCAGAAUGUGCAGUUAAAGCUGCUCGUUGAUUGGACGUCUGAAGCGCUCAAUUUGGACUCUGCUCUAUCGCAGCCCAUUGCCCUGAACCUUCGCCAGCUGAAAGCAGGGGCCAAGCUUGCCUCGUCUCUUGCAGACUGCGGGACCCAGGCUGUGCAGGUCCUGCUGGAGAAGGGCAUCGUAGGUCGUCUGCUGGAGCUCCUGUUUGCAGAUCACGUAUCUUCCACCCUGAAACUCAGUGUGCUGCGCUCGCUGGACAGCAUCAUAAGCGAACCACAGGGCAUGGAGACACUUCUUAGAGAAGGGCAGCAGGACAGCAACAGGACCAGCGGCUAUCAGCGCCUGCUCGAGCUGUUCCUUCUGGACCAGACAGUACGAGUGGCCACAGCGGGAGCCGCCAUCUUACAGAAGGGGCAUUUUUAUGAAGUACUCACUGACCUUCAGAAAACAGCAGGCACGUGGGCAGAGCGCCAGACUACAGAGGGUGAGACUGGAGAGAGGGAAAGAGAAGGAGGUGAGAGGGAGAGAGAAAGAGAGAGCACUGAGAGGGAGACAGAAGAGGGAGAACGGGAAACCCUCGAGCCACCAGAGAGCCCGAUGGACAUGGACACGCUACUGGAGUCUGCUUCUCUGUCAGAGGCUGAUCUGGAGAAGCUGCAGGGUCUGCUGGAGGAGUUGCACCACCUGCUGGAAACAGCUCCAAAUUGCAUGGUGCAGCCACCCAGCAAGGCUUUCCCCACCACAGCUCGUAUCACUGGACCCCCAGAGCGAGAUGACCCCUAUCCAACACUCUAUCGGUAUAUGCAUGCCACCCACUUCUUGGAGUCUUUGGCAGUUGUCUUGACCUCUCCAGCUACUUGUGCCCACAUUGGAGUCCUGCAGGCAGUGCGAGAGCUAAUGCGUUUCAUUUCACAGACCCAGCAGGGUCUCCUCUUCCUCCUGAGUCAGCAUGAGCCCAUCAACCUGCUCUUACGCUUGCUCACACCACUCACACACCUAGCUCCCAUAUCUCACUUAGCCCACUUAGUUCCUCUGACCCCUCUGCUGGAGAGUGAGGCUGAAGACACUGCUCCAGGAGCUGAGGGCUCUUUGGAUGAUGGAUUUUGGGUGUGGUUAAUGCAGGCACUGCAUGCCCUGCAAGCAGUGGCAGAGCUUAAUGUGCCAGAGCUCGAGGAAGGCGACAACCCAGAGGUUCUGUCAACACUUCACAACCUCUACCUGAUCAGCUUCAGCAGCACGGGCCGAAGUGCAGUCUCGCACACACUCAGCCUGGACACCAACCUCAGCUGUCUGGUCAACCUGCUGGAGCACCAUGCCAAAGAGGGACAGGGGGAAGGGAAAGCCAGGAAGUCUGUGACCUACAAUUAUGCCUGCAUGCUGGUGCUGCUGGUGGUUCAGACGUCGAGCGAGCUGAGGAUGAUGGAACAUUAUGUUACUCCACUGCUUGCAAUUUGCAAAUCUGAUGAAAACAAUGCGAAGCUUCAGGAGCUUUGUAAGUGGUUGGAGCCACUUGAGAAGCUGCGCUUUGAUAUAAGUGGCAUUCCAACUCUUAUUGACUAUAUCAAACAGAAUCUGGAAAACCUAAUGACUCCAGAAGGUGUGGGUCUGGUCAGUGCUCUAAGAGUGCUCUGUCACAUUGCUUGUUCCCCAACAACUGCACCAGGUCAGCAGAAGGACCUGAAGUGGAAUCAGGCAGUGAUAGCACUGUUUAGUGCUGAGGGCAUGGACACAUUCAUAAAGGUCCUCCAGAAGCUGACUUCAGUGCUGCUGCUUCUUUGGAGGCUACACGGACCCAUGGGCCCCACGGCGCAGCGUCUGACUAUGCUGUCGGUGGCUUCCUGUGCACUGAGGCUCAUUAGGGCCAUGCUGACUGAACUGCUGUGCGGAGGGGCUUGCGAAUUCCGUGAUGUUCGUGUCCCCUCCGUCUGCGUGACCCUGCACAUGAUCAUCUGCUCCACCCCGGCGACCGGUCGCUUAGACACGGAGGAGCUGCGUAUCCAGGGGGACAUCGCUGAAGUGUUGCUAACUUUCACUCAUGCAGUGAGCGAUAAGGAGACAGGUUCCGAGGAGACGGUCGCUGGAAACAGCUGGUCUCUCAUGUUGAAAGAGGUGUUGAACGCUAUACUGGCUGCUCCUGAGAACAUAUACAGCAGUCUCAAUCUGCUGUCUGAACUGCUGCCCCUACCACUGCCCAUGCAGACCACACAGGCACUGUCCGUCCAAGACGUUGGAGUAGCAAUGAACACUCGCAAGCUGUGGAGUAUGCAUCUGCACGCUCAGGCUCGUGUCCUGCAGGACGUGCUUCGAUGUGUGUGCGUAAGCAGCUGCCCACCUCUGCUCUCCAUGCUCCGAAGGGUGUGUGUGCAGCUCUGUGACUUGGCAGCACCCACUGCCACACUGGUUAUGAGGACAUUGCUGGAGCAGCUACAGGAAGAAAUGCAGCAGGAAGCAGUGACCUCACAGUUAACAAGGCUGCUCGCCCUGCUGGACUUGUUGGCGUCUCAGCGUGCCUGUAAGGCUGGCCUUUUGGCUCUUCUGAGUGGAUCUGUACGCAGUGAGAGCCGGGGCGAGGGCCGGACUGAGGACAAAGUCCUGACAGAGAUGCUUCCUUCUCUACUUGCCAUGCUCCUCCCACCAGCGGACGCAAGCCUCUCAGUGCAGCAGAAUGCAGAGUUGGUGGCUUCUAUUAUCCAGUCAUUGUGCGACCAGGACAUUUCUCUGAUCUUGAGUGGCUCAGGGGAGAUGUGUGUGUCUGAAUCUGAACAGUUGGCCAAUGCCCUGCCAUCACGGGACAUGAUGCCUAGUAUAUGUGACAGCAUGCUGGAAGUACUCGGACACGCACACAGCAGCUACACACUCCAACUCACCUGCCUUAGAACAAUGAUGUUCCUGACAGAGCAUGACUAUGGCCUCUAUCAUUUGAAGAGCUCACUAAAGAAGCACAGUUCGGCCGUAUCAUCACUGUUCCGGAGGGAAUCUGCGUCCUUUAACAAAGAAUCAGCUGAGCUACUCUCUGCUCUGUUGGACUUCCUACGACAGAUCCUCAACAAUGAGUCUAUGGAUGAAGAUAUGGACUCGCGCUCUCUGGCGUUGAACGUGAGCGAUAUGAAGCAGCUGCUGCAGUGGAAAGAUGACUCAGCAGAUCAUCCUCUGUCCGAGCUGGAGAAACACAUCACGGAGCUCUUUAAAGAAGAUGAAACAUUGGAGGCUCUGGUGGAAAAUGUGGUGGGACUCCGGCAGAUCCUGGAGAGUUCUGGAGAGACUCCAGGCCAUACUGAAUCUGAAACUGAGCCCACUCUUCCAUCUCCAGAACCGCUACAGACACAGUUUAACAACAGGACAGUAUAUGUUCUAUCUGAUAUGUUGGAUGAACAUCUGAGGGCUCUGUGGUUUUCUCCAUUCCAGUCAGAUGAUAUGGAGACAGACCAGGACAUGGUGAAAGUAGACUUGGUGGCACUGGCGCAGCAGUGCUGUCCAGAUCUGGACCUGAAAGCAGAGUUGGACCGCUCGUUCCUCAGUGAGCCGAGCUCCCCAGGCCACAGCAAACCAGCCAAGGGCUUUAGAUUGGGCAAGCACAAACAUGAGACCUUCAUCACCUCCAGUGGCAAGUCAGACUAUGUGGAACCAGCCAAGCGUGCCCACAUUAUGGCCGCCCCUCGUGGGCGGGGCCGCGGUGCCUUUGGGCAGCUCAACCGUCCUCAUGACAUCUUCCGACAGCGCAAACAGAACACCAGCAGACCGCCAUCCAUGCACGUGGAUGACUUCCUCGCAGCCGAGUUCAAGGAGGUCAGCCUGCCUGCUGGAAUGGCUCUGCCCAAACGCCCUCCCAAAGGAGGUGGAGGAGGAGGUGGAGGUGGUGGAGGAGGAGGAGCCAAGCCACCUGCUAGAGGCUUGUUUACUGGAGGAACUAGAGGAAGGGGCUUCCAGAGCCACACCCGUUUCUUCACUCCACCUGCUCCCAAAAGUGCACUGCUUGCAGGUAAUUACCCUCGUCGAGAAGGAGGCCGUGGGUCCACUUGGAGCGCUCCAGUCACAGCUGUCACUCACAGGGGAACCUACAGUGAACCACGAGGAGGACAAAGCAAUUUUGCACGACCGCUACCAUCAAGGCAGCCACCUACAGGUGCGUACCGUUUGGCUCCUCGGGAUCGAGCACCCAGAGGGAGAGGCACUGGCCUGUCCUGGCUGAGUGGAGGUGGACUUGGUGUGGGAGGAGGUGGAGUGAGUAGUAGUGGGCGUGGCCAAGGAAAAUUCAGCAGCAGCGGGAGUGGAGGCGGGCGUGGUCGGCACGUCCGUUCGUUUACCCGCUAAUAACCGUUAUAUGAUUUGGCCAAGAACACUCAGCCGUGUGGCUCUAAAGGACCAAGCAGGACAUGGAUAUUUGGAGUAUUUGUGGAAAUGUUGAGUAACUGUGAUGUUUUGAUGUAUUUGUUGAUCUUUUUUGUGUUGAAAACUGAUUAAACUCUUGUGAAUACA